AUGGCACCGAUCCUUCAUGUCAUGCGGCACGGUCAAGGAUACCACUCGGAGGCGGUCACAAAGAAUGGGCAUCAAGUACACGAUCCACACUUGACACCAAAGGGAAGGGAGCAAUGUGCAGACAGAUGUGCAGAGUUCAAAAAUCAUGAUUCAAUCGAGCUUCUCCUGGCCUCGCCACUCCGUCGUGCACUAGAGACCUGCAAACUAACAUUUACGCCGUGUAUCGAUCGUGGGAUGAGGAUCAUUGCCCUUCCCAUGGCGGAAGAAGCGUCGGAUGCACCCUGCGAUACAGGCAGCGAAGCCGACAUCCUCAAGCAAGAAUUUCCCAAAGCUGUCGACUUCGAUCAUGUAAAAUAUGGCUGGUUCCUGCAUGAAGGCGAGUACGCGGUCGAUCCGAAGUCGCUUAACGCACGAGCGGCGAAGCUUCGACGAUUCAUCCGUGAUAGGCCGGAGAAGGAGGUAGCGCUGGUGAGUCAUGGGUUCUUUAAUCAUUAUGUCACUGGUGAUGUCAACGAGAAAGGCGAGCAGACGACUCCUUGGUGGCAGGAGACCGAGCUGAGAACGUUCCGAUUCGUGGAUGGUGGCGAGGAGGCUAUGAUCAAAGAGACGGACGAUUCGAUGUUGAGACGUGGUGCUGUGGAAGGUGGACUGAUCGUCAAUCGGCCUGAAAAUCGUGGUAAGGAUGCAAGUGAGAGUAGCUGA